UUUGAAGGUACGCGCCAUUUUAGGGAUGCAUGACAUCGCUUGGUGUUAAAGAUGAGCUCGACUCCAAUGCUUCCUAUAGACAUCUAAUGAAUCUCAGUAACUGAAGACAUUACAUGUGUCACCUGGAGAAAGAUGAUAAUGGCGGAUGACAAGGAUGUGCUCCGAGAUGUUUGGUUCGGAAGGAUACCGGCCUGUUUCACACUGUCUCCAGAGGAAACCACAGAGAGAGAGGCAGAACCCUACUAUCUGCUCCUCCCACGGGUCAGUUACCUGACGCUAGUCACUGAUAAAGUCAAGAAACAUUUUCUCAGAGUCAUGAAGGCAGAAGACGUGGAGGAGAUGUGGUUUGAAUAUGAGGGAACACCUCUCAAAUGGCACUAUCCCAUUGGCGUUUUGUUUGAUCUCCACGCUUCAAACACAGCUCUGCCCUGGAAUGUCUCAGUGCACUUUAAGAACUUCCCAGAACAUGACUUGCUUCACUGCCUAUCGAAUUCUGUGAUAGAAGCGCAUUUCAUGUCAUGCAUUAAAGAGGCAGAUGCACUCAAACACAAAAGCCAAGUCAUCAACGACAUGCAGAAAAAAGACCAUAAACAACUGUGGAUGGGUCUGCAGAACGAUAAAUUCGACCAGUUCUGGGCCAUGAAUCGAAAGCUCAUGGAGUAUCCUACUGAUGAGGGAGGCUUCCGCUAUAUUCCCUUUAGAAUAUAUCAGUCAGCUGUUUGA